AUGCUGGACUGGAAAGAAUAUAUAGCAACAGUUCUACAAGACAGCACCAUUGCAGAUGUUGCCAUCGUUGGAUGCACCCCCAGAAACAAAAAGAUUUGGGCGUGCAGGAGUGAUGGUGUGCUGGGCCAGAUUACAUCUCAGGAGAUCGAAGUGAUCAUUGACAAAGACAGAAAAUCAAUCCUCCAAAACGGGAUCACCAUCGGUGGGAAGAAAUACUCAAUCAUCCGGGACAAUAUGCUGCUGGAGAAGAACCCUUCGAUGGAUGUCAGGACACUAGGUGAUGAAGGAAAGAGCAUCUGUAUUGGCAAAUCAUCCAAUGCUCUGAUGUUUCUGAUGGGACAGAAAGGAGUUCAUGGAGGGGUUGUGAACAAAAAGAUGCAUGAUUUAGUGGAGUCCCUAAACAGAAAUGGACAGAUCAUGGACAACACCGUGUGGUCUUGGAGAAACACAGCAGGCCAGGCAGCAUCAGAAGAGCAGGAAACUUGA